UAGUGAUAAGCAGCAAGCAGCUUCUGGGUUUUGCUUUAAAGCGGACUCCCGCUGUAAUGGUGUGAGUGUGUGUGCAUGUGUGUGUGUGUGAUCUCUUCACUCGUUCUCCCGCCACAGUAGCAACACAGUGCGGCGGCGGCGGCCCGAACAAAAGGCUUAACGCAGCAGAGCCACAGGAGGGGGAAACUCAGGGACAGGCUCAGCGUGACUUCAACUUCUCAGGGAGGAACUCAACCUGCCGUGUAGCGCUGCUCCCUGCUCGGGAGUUCCAGACGGGACGCCACACCGGGCCGGCCCCGGCCGCCUGCCCCGUCACAGCUGAGGAACACACCCUGUUGCUGACGGUCUGCUCUGUGAAACCCCAGCACCUGCCCGGGGCGUCUGCUCCCCCUCAUCCACCUGGCCUCCAACAUGUCAGAUGAUGACUGCCGCUCGCCCAUCGGCCUGGACUGCUGCAGCUGCUGCCUGGACCUGGCCAACGGCUGCGACGACUCCCUGUCCGGCAGUCCGGCCCCGGGCCUGGGUCCGACGGGAGGCCCGCCCGGCAGCCCCACCAGCCCCAGCGUCAGCCACUUCCGACAGCUACGCAAUCAGCUGAUGUACCAGAACCUGAACACGGACAAGCUGAACAACAUCAUGAGGCAGGACUCCCUGGAGUCGGUGGUGAGGGACCCCUGCUUCCUGCUCAACGAGGGCAUCUGCAACAGCAACAUCGACCAGACCAUGCUGUCCAUACUGCUCUACUUUCACAGUGCCUCUGGUGCUAGCGUGGUGGCCAUUGACAACAAGAUUGAACAGGCAAUGGACCUUGUGAAGAACCACCUGAUGUACGCGGUGCGCGAGGAGGUGGAGAUCCUCAAAGAGCAGAUCAAAGAGCUGGCGGAGAAGAACAACCAGCUGGAGAGGGAGAACUACCUGCUGAAGAACCUGGCCAGUCCAGAGCAACUGGAGAAGUUCCAGUCUCGCAUCCCCACAGAUGUGCUGCUACCUCUGGACAAUCAAGGCCACCAGAUGACCCCGGACCAGCACCAACAGCAGCAGACCUGCACCGCUGGCUCUGCUGUAUAAGUGGCUCUGCCUUGGGGCGGGCAGAGCCACUAUCUCUCUCCAGUAAUGGACCUCCGAUUAAACGUAAGCGUUACUAAAUCGCCGCCGCUGAGAACCCUUCGAAACAACGAAGGCGACGCCUCAGGGCUGAAAACGACCGAUGGGACACAAAUGAACUGUUGACACUGAAAAGCACAAAACAGAACUCCGACCGGCGCCGCGUCAGGCCCCGUCCUCUGAUGCCGUCCAACUCUUUGUCCUAGUCCGUGUCUGUAGACUUAAAGUGUUCCGAUUUAGAGAGAAGGCCGACUAGACACAGACGAGCGCUCGCUUUCAGACAGCGGGGGGGCUUUCCCUGCCUAGCCGAACCCUUCAAGCAAACGCCCUUCGCUCUAGAGAGAGGGGGUGAGGAGGUGUUGAUUGGGCUGGCCCUGCAGGUGCUGACUUGGAAAGCGGGGGGGAGUUUGCUCCUCCCCCACCGCCCGACCCAGAGGAGACCCAUCCGAGACGGUCCUCCAAGUCUCGACGAGAACAGCCCCUCCAUGCGGAUUUGUCCCAUCGCAAAAUACAAGCUUCACGGACUUCCAGCUGCACGUUUCAGCCACGUCACAAGGACCUUCUUGUACCUACAGUGUAUUGCUCUUGUACAUUAAAAGCAUAACAAGAAUAAUCAAACCGGAUGAGCAGAGGUGGAGGUUAAUACAGUAAUGGAGCUGGUGAACCGCUGCAGUAGACUGAUCAGUAUACUGUAAUGAUUCAUAAACAUGUAAUCUUGUAUUGCUCUGCAGUUGGGGCUUGCUGCUUUUUUGGGGGAAAAAUUAAUUGUGCUAUAUCUUCUGUUUUUGUUAGUGAUUCUAAACAAAAAUCAGUUGUUUUGUAAAGAAAAUAAGAGCACUGUACAGCGUUUGUUAUGUAACGGGGCGUAUCUGCCCCUCGCCGUUUGCCUCCGACUCUUCACAGGACAGCAGAUGUCCUGAGGUUAGCCUAAUGGAGACGCUUAGUGAGCAGACGCUUGCAUUUCCUGCUGCAGAUGCACUCCUGGGUUCGGCAUCAUCAUCCAGCCUCUGGUCCGUUUUUUUUUUUUCAUUUUUUUUGUUCGCUCAGACGCCAACUUGAAAACAAUGGCAUGACAACAGUGCCUGUAAGAAACCGAGGAACGCGUUUUCCACACUGAGCUCAGAUGUUGCUGUUGUUUUCCAGCUACCAAAGACUUUGCCUUUUUUUUUUUUCCUUUUUCUUUUUUUUUUCCUUUUUCUCACAACAGAGGCUGAGAAUAUCAGGACCAUGUGUAAAAGCUUCACAGGGAGAAGUGUUUGUAGGUAGCGCUAAAGUUUCUAUGUUUUGUAAAGAUAAUGGUAUUGUUGCUGUAAAGUAUCCUGAAAACAGUUGUUCACUAUGGUGUUUGGAUACAACUGCACAUUUGCAAUAAACCUUAUGUUUACAUAAUA